UGUGAAAUAUUUGCUUUUAAUUGUUUGUUAAUUACAUCGAUGAGCAACGACAGAAGUGAAAGCAUGAGGAAAAAGUGCAUUUUAAUCGUAUUAAUUGCUUUUUCGCUCUUCUACGAGGUCAAUGGAGGUCGAAAACGUGAAAUUCCGAUAGGUGCAAUUUUCCCUCCGAUCUACACGCAAAGCGAAAUUGCAUUCCGCGCUGCGAUAAAACGUGCAAAUCUUCACACGAACGAAGUUGAAUUCAUACCAUCGAUUAAGCAUGUCUCGGAUUUAGAUAGUUUCAAGGCGGAAAUGGCAGCUUGCGAGUUGUUGGAAGAAGGAGUUGCUGCUAUUUUUGGACCAGCGUCAAAUAUCACGUCAGGUAUUGUCGAUUCAAUUUGCAACACUUUCCAGAUCCCUCAUAUCAUGACACAUUGGACCUAUGAUCCGAAAAGUUACCAUUACGCAAGUAGCAAAAAGCGACGACGACGUGAUCUGACAAUCAAUGUGUAUCCCGACUCGGAUGUGUUAUCGGCGGCAUUAGCUGACCUCAUCAAAGAUUACGAUUGGACAAGUUACACAAUAUUGUACGAUACGCCAGACAAUUUGAUUCGUUUGAAAGACGUCUUGGGAUUACAUGGCCCGAAAGAUCCGCCAUGUACGAUUGUUGAACUCGAUCAAGGCACAGAUUAUCGUCCCGCACUCAAGAAAAUUUAUUAUUCGACGGAACCGCAUAUCAUCAUUAGCGUGGAAACACACAAAAUUGCGGAAAUUUUGAAUCAAGCGCGCGACGUACGGAUGUUAGACGAGUAUAAAAGUUACAUUAUCAUUAGCUUGGAUGCUCACACGAUUGAUUUAACGAAAGAGGUAGGAGAAAUUACGUCAAACAUAACAGCGCUUCGAUUGUUGGAUCCAACAAGCGACGAAGUUGACAACGCAGCGAGUUUUAUGAGAAAUGAGGAAAAAAAUUUGGGUCGAAUUACGUAUCUAACGAAGGAGGAGUACAUGAAACAGAUGCAAACGGAGUCUGUGAUGUAUUAUGAUGCAGUGCAAUUGUUCGCACAAGCCUUUGAAGACAUGAACUCCGUCAAUGACAUUCAAGUUGAGAGUUUUUCGUGCAAAGAAAAGUCUGCGGGAUGGAAUGAUGGAUAUGGAAUAGCGAAAUAUAUGAAGAGAAAAGAAGUAACAGGAAUAUCGGGACCCUUAACUAUCGACGAAAACGGGCAUCGACGAGACUUCCUCCUUGAAGUCAUUGAAUUUUUCCAAAAGAAAAACGCUCCAUUGAGUUAUUCGGAAAAUGGUUUCAAGAAAAUUGGUACUUGGGAUGCCUUAAACAAAAUUACUUACACCCGUACUGAAGGAGAAAUCAAGGAACAAUUAACAGAAUCAUUUCAAAAUAAGACUUUUAUUGUCGCAUCUCGUAUUGGAGCUCCUUUUCUUUCAUAUCGAAAAGCUGAAAAUGGCGAAAUUUUGGAAGGAAACGCCCGUUUUGAAGGUUACUCUCUCGACUUGUUCGAAGGAAUUUCCAAAGUUUUGGGUUUCACGUACAGAUUUGAACUUGUCCCUGAUGGAAAAUACGGUUCAUACAAUCCAAAAACCAAAAAAUGGGAUGGAUUAGUUAAACAUCUUCUGGAUCGAAAAGCUGAUUUUGCGAUUUGUGAUUUGACGAUUACGCAACAACGUAGAAAAGCUGUCGACUUUACGAUGCCUUUCAUGACCUUGGGAAUUAGUAUUUUGUAUAAAAAACCGAAAAAAGAGGAGAAAGAGUUGUUUUCUUUCUUAUCGCCGUUGUCGAAUGACGUUUGGAUUUGCACAGCUGCUGCUUAUUUAGGUGUUUCUUUGUUGACUUUUGUACUUGCUCGCAUGGCAGAUGCUGAAUGGGAAGAUCCUCAUCCAUGCAAGAGACAAUCUGAAGAGAAAGAAAACAUUUGGAAUUUGUUGAAUUGCACGUGGCUGACGAUGGGAAGUGUUAUGGGACAAGGAUCGGAUAUUCUUCCAAAGGGAAAUUCAACACGACUCGUUACGGGAAUGUGGUAUUUUUUCGCGUUGAUCAUGUUGGCGUCAUACACGGCGAAUUUAGCUGCCUUUUUAACGAUGGAUCGGAUGGAAGCAACGAUCGAAAGUGCCGAAGAUCUCGCGAAACAGACAAAAAUCAAGUAUGGCGUGUUAGAAGGAGGCAGUUCAGCAGCUUUUUUCCGCGAUUCGAACGUUUCUUUGUACAAACGAAUGUGGGCAGCGAUGGAAUCUUCAUCGCCAAGUGUUUUUACGAAGAGUAAUGACGAAGGCAGAGAUCGUGUCUUGAAUCCAAAGAGCCAUUAUGCGUUCUUUAUGGAAUCAACAACACUCGAAUACAUGACGGAACGCAAUUGUAACUUGACACAAAUCGGCGGAUUGUUGGAUUCAAAGGGAUAUGGCAUUGCAAUGCCUCGAGACUCUCCAUAUAGAAAAGCAAUUACGGGCGCAAUAUUAAAAAUGUCGGAAGAGGGAAAAUUGCAUAAAUUGAAAACGCGAUGGUGGAAAGAGAAGGGCGUUAAAGGUUCUUGUGCAACAGACAGCACAGCAUCAGCGGGAGGCGCAGCAGAAUUGGAUAUCGCAAGUGUCGGCGGUGUCUUUUUACUUGUCGGUCUCGGCAUCUGCAUGGGCGUUAUAAUUGCAUUCUUUGAAUUCAUCUGGAACGUGCGGAAAAUUGCCGUUGAGGAAAAAAUGUCGCAAUGGGAGGCCUUCAAAAGGGAAUUAAAAUUCGCGCUUAAAGUGAAUGUCACAUCGAAACCUGUACGGAGAUCGACGAGCGAAAUUUCAUCUUAUACACGAUCAAAACGUUCGAGAUCAUCUUCUAUUGAGUUGUAGAAUUUAGUUGAUUUUUUCACGCACAAGUAUUUAUUUUAUUUAUUUAUUGCCUUCACUCAAAUUUAGCUUUUAGAUGAAAAAAAAAAUAGAAUUAGUUUUCAGAGUACAAUUUUUAUUGUUCAA